AUUAUCUGAAGACAACGAGCGACAUUCGCGGACGCCUGCGCUCGUUUGUUUAUUACAUGCCACGAUAAAGUUGACGAGUCAGCAUGGUGGUGGUGCUGAACGGCGUCCUCGCGGACGAGUGCCCGAGGUCGAUUCGGGCGUUGCUGGCAACACAUCCUGGCUACAGAGAUGCAGCGGCCCAGUUGUUGGGCGCCGCUGCGAGGGUCAUCGGCCCCCCCGGUCUGCUCUAUGUUGCCCAGAGGGAAAUGGCGGCGGUUGUUCCUCAUGACAAAAACGUUAGUAUCAUUGGGUCGGACGACGCCACAUCAUGUAUUAUAGUAGUCGUCAGACAUUCAGGAUCAGGAGCUGUAGCGCUCGCCCAUCUGGAUGGUUCUGGAACAGCGGAAGCGGCCGCCACUAUGGUGGCUCGAGUGCAACAGUUAGCGGUCGGGUAUCCUGAAGGUCGAUUAGAGUUGCAGCUAGUAGGAGGAUUCACAGAUCCCCAUCGUUACUCUGAUGAUUUGUUCGCUAAUAUUAUGUUAUCCUUUCACCGUCUAACUGAAGAAAUCGACUUAACCCUCGCCUGCUGUUGCGAGCUAAAUACAGCGUUAGGAGGGGGGACGCCCGCGCCCCUCGUGACCGGGGUCGGGGUGGAUAUCCGAGCCGGUGAUCUGUUCCCGGCCACCUUCCCGGAUAAGGGGCCCGAAUUACCCCUUCGAGGGACUAGAAAUAUUACCGGUGGAUUACAUUCUUCUCAGGUACUCGACAUAUACGACAACGGGUUGGCGAUGCUGCGCAUCGGGCCGUUCAACUACGAGCCGCUGCGCGGCGUGGACCUGUGGCUGGAGCAGUCCGACGACUUCAUCCUGCAGCACCUCAGCACCACGCCGGCCGUCGAGGGCCCGCACUUCGUGCACAAUAUGCGUGUAACUCUGAAGUUUAUUCAGCAACAUCCAUUCCCAGCAGUGACCGUGUUUCCGGAUAACCGGCCGCACUACUAUCGACGUGACGAACAAACUGGUUGCUGGGUUCCUGUGCGUUUCUAAAUAUUUAUGUAAAUGUUACAAAACCUGAUUGCUAUAUUAAUAACGAUUCGUUUUUUUUCUAUAAACGUUUUCGUGGGAAAAACGGUUAGUUUUUGAAUAUAUUGAAUGCGAUACGGUACGACACGGUGGAAAUCGAUCGCGCACGAUCCGAUAAAAUUCUAUAGUGAUUAUAUGUGGCCUUAGAGUGAAUCCUCUAGUAGU